AUGCGCCCUCGUGGUCUCCGUUUCAAUCUCAAAAGCUACGUCGACGCCUCAAUGGCCGGUCUCGACCCUCACACUCCCCGGUCCAGCAAAUUCCAACCCUGGGAAGAAAACGAUGUCCCUAUCAUCGAUUCACGAGAACUCUUUUCCGAUGUUGUCUUCAAGUUGUCUUCAUACAUUGCCAAAGCCAUUGAUGCCGCCUACACUUACGAGCAGCUGCGUACCACUAGUGCUGGACAGUCGUUGAAGCCUCUCAUUACAUAUCUGAGUGCUGACUGCCACCAUCCCGCCAUCGUAGCAGCACUCCUGGCAGCCAGAUAUCUCUUCACCAAUGCCGACGCAGACGCGGACAGCGGCCUGAACGAGUCGCGGGCCCUCGCCUGUGAACUUGUAGCGUGGCAGUUUCUUACCUUUUUGUCGGAGAAGGAACUCAUUGACUACCUUCUCUACGAACUGCCCCAAAGUCCGGACGAGAGCACGCGACAACCCCCCUCAGACUCUACUACUGAUAGGAUUUUUGGUCGUCAUGUCGAGGAAGAUCACGCAGAUGAAACAUCGCCCCUAAUACGCGCCCGAUCGGCCGAACGUGGUGCGGUUCUCCGGCCCCCAAAACGCGCCUCCUUCGACCACCUCCCUGGCCCUGGCACAUCAAGCACAUUCCCGGGCGACGAGGACGAUGCGACGCGGAGAGCGUAUCUGGAUGAAUCCAUGGCUGGUAUGAACGCCCUGGAAAUCGCCGCCAUCGGGGACGCAAAGAAGUUCCUCUCACAGAAUCCUGUUCAGAAGAUUGUCGAAGACAUCUGGAAUGGCGACGUGAUCUUCUGGGAGAGUCUCUCCGUCUACGCCGUCAAGAAACCCCGAGUGUACAACAAACGGGUAGCAGACCCCUUUACCCGUCUAAGGGUCCCCAAGUAUCAAAAGGCCUUUCAGAUUAGCUUCUUUCUGGCAUUUCUGGCACUGUAUUAUGCUGUAUUAGUGGAGCGGGAUCCAAGCCACAUUACCGCCACAGAAACCGUGUUAUAUCUUUGGAUUGCUGCUUUUGCCUAUGACGAGUUCGGCGAGAUCAAAGAUGCGGGCCUCAUGUUCUAUCAGACCGACUUUUGGAGUUUGUGGGACAUCGCCAUCAUCGGUUUCAGCGCGGCUUUUGUGAUUAUCCGGAUUAUUGGCCUCCUCAGAAAUAGCGACUAUAUCAUCGAUGUUGCCUUUGACAUCUUAUCCAUGGUGGCACUGUUCCUUGAUAUUCUCGGUUAUGAGCCUGAACCCAUACUUUGGAAGCUUGGUAAGUUUCAGCCGUCUCUCGAUAGUGUCGGAGGUGACCUGACAGUGGGCUGCAAAGAUUCCGGUGUUGAAGGAGAUGCAUUUUGCAAGUUUCUGCCUGUGAUUGUCGUGUUAUAUCUCGGGUUUUUGACCACCUUCACCAUGCUGGCGAGAGAUCGGAUGAGUCUCAACGACAUGUCAUGGCUCUUAAUCAAGGUGUUCUUUGGGUAUGAAGCAGCACCCGACUUCCGAAACGUCACUGAUUAG